GUUGGUGUGUGUGAGGAGGGGUACGUUGUUCGUUGACGUAUAUAUAGAUACGGGUAUCGCCUCAGCCUAAUUCACCAGCUCGCCACCUCGAGUUGACUUUUUCCCUCACAUACUGACCAUUAUUUUGCCUGGUAUAUAUCACCAUCAUGGUUCACUUCCGCACAGACAUUGGGGGGACGGCUGAGGUGCCGACUCCAAACAAUGAGAACUAUGCAAAGGAGCUCGAAACCGACGUGCUAAUCGUAGGUGCUGGCUUUGGCGGUAUUUACUUGAUGCACAAGCUUCGCCAGCAAGGAUUCAAGUGCAAGAUCAUGGAGGCCGGUAGCGACAUUGGUGGUAUCUGGCAUUGGAAUUGUUACCCAGGGGCCCGCGUCGACUCGCAGGUGCCCAUCUAUGAGUACAGCAUGCCAGAGGUCUGGAAGGACUGGACUUGGUCGUGCAGAUACCCCGGUACUGAAGAACUUCAAAAGUACUUUGAGCAUGUUGAGAGGAAACUGGAAAUUAAGAAGGACUGUGCGUUCAACACACGAGUCAUCAGCGCUCAAUACGAUAAGCCAUCGUCAAGAUGGAUUGUAAAGACAGAAGAUGGCCGAACGGCGCGCUGCAAGUACUUCCUGCUGGCUCUUGGCUUUGCAGCGAAGCGACACUUCCCAGACUGGCCGGGUAUGGACAAAUUUCAAGGCGAGAUUCAUCACUCCAGUUUUUGGCCAGCUUCUGGGGUCGAUGUAAAAGGCAAGCGUGUUGCCGUGAUUGGCACGGGAUCCACUGGAAUUCAGAUUGCCCAAGAGACUUCCAAGGAGGCUGCCAGUAUAACGCAAUUCGUUCGAACGCCGAAUCUUUGUCUGCCUAUGCGACAGAAGCCUUUGACAAAGGAGGAGCAAGAGAAGAGGAAGCAAAGUGAAUACGAGGAAGUCUUUAAGAAGCGACUAACAACCUUUGCUGGUUUUCAGUACGACUUUGCCGAGAAGAACACCUUUGAUGACUCACCAGAGGAGCGUGAGGCGUUCUACGAGAAGAUGUGGGAGAAUGGCGGCUUCGAGUUCUGGUUGGCCACCUACAAAGAUCUCCUGUUCGACAGCAAGGCCAACCGUGAGGCAUACAACUUCUGGGCGAAGAAAACACGUGCGCGGAUAACAGAUCCUGAGAAGCGCGAGAUCCUGGCCCCGCUGGAGCCGCCGCAUGCAUUCGGUACCAAGCGCCCAAGUCUAGAACAAGACUACUAUGAGAUGCUCGACAGACCUGAAAACAAGGUCGUUGACGUCAGCAAGAACCCCAUCAAGGAUGUCAAUGAGAAAGGCAUUGUAUUGGCUGAUGGCACUGUCCACGAGUUCGAUGUCAUCGCGCUUGCAACUGGCUUUGACUCAGUCACAGGAGGCAUCAAAAACAUGGGUUUGAAGGAUGUUGACGGAGUUGAGCUCGCGGAAAAAUGGAAGAACGGCACCUACACGUAUCUGGGUAUGGCUCUGGGUGGCUUCCCCAACUGCUUCUUCCUCUACGGUGCCCACGGCCCGACAGCCUACUCCAAUGGGCCAACAUGCGUCGAGGUACAGGGAGACUGGAUUGUCGACGCCAUUAUCAGACUCAGGGAUGAGGGCAUAACUUACUGCGACCCCACGCACGAAGCCGAGCAAGAAUGGCGGAACAAGGUUACCGAACUAAGUGACAAGACUCUGCUCCCACAGACCAACUCCUGGUACAUGGGUGCAAACGUGCCCGGCAAGGUCCGGGAGCAGCUAAGCUUUCCAGGUGGAUUUCCUCUGUAUAGAGAGAUAACACGGAAGGUGCUGGAUAAUGGGUUUGAGGGGUUUAUCACGGCGUAGGAUACUGCCGUGGACCUGACCGGAUGAUGAUUCCGUUAUGUAGUAAAUUUUACUUUCGUCUCUUUG